GGCGGCUCAUUCGCUCUCCAGCGCUGCGUUCGAAAGCACGUUUCCGUGCCUACGAGCCGCUGCUUAACUCGCGAUCGCGAAAAACUUUUUUGUGUUGUGACAACAUUCUUUCCGAACCCACAAAAAAUGAACAAAAUUUUUUUGUGUUGUGAUAUUUUGUUGUCGUGUUGAAAGACUAGUCAGCCGUGAGAGUGUUCUGAAGAGGCUAAUUACGAGUUGCUAGGCUAAUUAGCGGGGCCGGCGUUUCAUGAAGUGCGAGAGGCGAACGCCGCAAAGCGCCAGCGGCGGCAGCCCGACGCCGACGCGCGCGCAUAUGCUGGCGAUGGACGUGACAAAAGAAGCGCGGGCGUCGCCGUUGCCUGCUUCGGCGCAGCAGACAGCGCCACAGGCCGCGCAGCAGCCACCACAGCCGCAGAUCUGCGCGGGAUGCAGUAAGGUUAUCACAGAGCGGUACCUGCUGAAGGCUCUGGACCAGCUGUGGCACGAGGACUGCCUCAAAUGCGGUUGCUGUGACUGCCGCCUUGGCGAGGUUGGCCAUACACUUUACACACGCGCUAACCUGAUAUUAUGCAAGAGAGACUAUUUAAGGUUAUUUGGCAACACCGGGUACUGCGCAGCGUGCAACAAGGUGAUCCCCGCAUUUGAGAUGGUGAUGCGUGCACGCAGCAAUGUGUAUCACCUUGAGUGCUUCGCUUGUCAACAGUGCAAUCAUAGAUUCUGCGUGGGCGAUCGUUUCUACCUGUGCGAGAACAAGAUUCUGUGCGAAUAUGACUACGAGGAGAGACUGGUAUUCGCCAACAUGGCGUACAACCCGCCGCCGCUUGCGCACAUCAAGCGACAGACUUCACACCUACCUCCUGCACCGGCAAACAACGCCAUGGCCCUGAUGAAUGGCUCUAGCCGAGCCGGAGACCUGAAUAACAACAUGUCCGGCUCCUCGCCCGCCCCAUUCGUCCCACCGCCGCACCUCAAGCCCCUAGGACUCUCGGCGUCCAGCUGAGACUAUCGGGUAUGAGACUCUGCCCACCCCUACGCGAAGUAUCAAAACUAAACGCGCGAAUUAUAAUUACAAGUGACACUACAAAGAGUGAGCUGAAUAGUACAAUGAAAGGUAAAACCUUCUGUGAGUUGUUAAGCGACG